UUCCAGGUAUAACCUUGAAGUCUAUUCCAUGUUUCAAAGGCUAGAGGAAAUGAACACGCAGACAAUGUUGGUGUCAUUUGAAGACCUGAUUAUGGAGUUCACCCAGGAGGAAUGGAAGAUCAUGGACAAUGCUCAGAGGACCCUAUACAAGGAUGUGAUGCUUGAGACCUAUAGCAAUCUGCUUUCCUUGGGAUACUACAUUAGCAAGCCUGAUGUGAUGUUGGAACAAGGAGCAAUGCCAUGGACAGUGGAAAAACCUGUUAACAAACAAGUCUCAGAUGGCCACAAAAAGGAUGAACUGCAUGGAAAUAAGAAAAGUCAAAUCAACCUCAGGAAAGUUGUAAACACCAACUCAGGUCUCAAUCAACAGCAGAGAAAUCACCGAAAGGAGAAACCUUAUGAAUGUCAGGAUUCUGGAAAAGCCUUUCGUGACAAGUCAGCUCUCAUUACACAUCAGGCCAAAGCAUUUCACCAGAGGUCAUCUUUCAUUGUACGACAGAGGAUUCACACAGGGAAGAAACCCUUUAAAUGUAAAGAGUGCAGAGAAGGAAUUUGCCAGCAAUCACACCUAGGCAAACGUCUGAAAAUUCACAGAGGCAAAAAAGUGCAUGAAUGUGAAGAGUGUGGAAAAGACUUUCAGUAUAAAUCAUCUCUCAUUAGACAUCAGAGAAUUCACACAGGGGAGAAACCUUUCACAUGUAAAGAGUGUAGAAAAGCAUUUUGCCAGCAGUCACAACUAAGCAGGCAUCUGAAAACUCACACAGGGGAGAAACCUUUUACAUGUAAAGAGUGUGGGAAAGCCUUUUGUGAUAAGUCAUGUCUCAUUAGACAUGAGAGAAUUCACACAGGGGAGAAACCUUUUACAUGUAAAGAGUGUGGGAAAGCCUUUUGUGAUCAUUCAUCUCUCAUUAAACAUCAGAGAAUUCACACAGGAGAGAAGCCUUUUAAAUGUAAAGAGUGUGGGAAAGCAUUUUUUCACCAACCAGCACUAAGCAAACAUUUGAUAAUUCACAAAGGGAAGAAAUCUCAUGAAUGUGAAGAGUGUGGAAAAGCCUUUCAUUAUAAGUCAUCUCUCAUUUCACAUCAGAGAAUUCACACGGGGGAGAAACCUUUCACAUGCAAGGAGUGUGGCAAAACUUUUUGCCAGCAGUCACAGUUAAUCAUACAUAUGAGAUAUCACAAAGGGGAGAAACCUUUUAAAUGCAAAGAGUGUGGGAAAGCCUUUUGUGAUAAGUCAUGUCUCAUUAGACAUGAGCGAAUCCACACAGGAGAGAAACCCUUUAAAUGUAAAGUGUGUGGGAAAGCAUUUUGCCAGCAAUCACAAGUAAGCCAACAUCUGAAAAUUCACACAGGGAAGAAAUCUUAUGAAUGUGAAGAGUGUGGAAAAGCCUUCUAUGAUAUGUCAUCUCUCGCUGCACAUCAGAGAAUUCACACGGGGGAGAAACCUUUUAAGUGUAAAGAGUGUGGGAAAGCCUUUUAUGAUAUGCCAUCUCUCAUUAGACAUCAGAGAAUUCACUCAGGGGAAACACCUUUUACAUGUAAAGAGUGUGGAAUGGGCUUUUGUGUUAAGUCAUCUCUGAUUGCACAUCAAAAAGUUCACACAGGGCUGAAAUCUCGUGGACUUGGAGAGUGGGGCGGUGUUUUGCCAGCAUUCAGAAUGUGCACCAUCCUCUACACUGAGGUGGACCAGCACUCCUGUGUGGGCUCGUGA